AUGACUACGAACCUCCUAGAUGACCUAAACUUCGCAACCGCGUGUUGGGUAGCAUUUGCUGGGUUCCUCCGCCUCGGAGAAUUCACCUAUAAGACUGAAGACCUUAGUAUACGUUCUAUCUUCUCCGCCACAAAGUUAACGCGCUCAGACGUUAGAUUCUCGCCCUCGUUAGACCACGCGCAACUCACACUCAAGCGCAGUAAGACGGACCGCCGUCACGAAGGGGUGCAAAUUAUCCUUGCCAAGACGGGAGAUGGCGCAUGCCCAGUUGACGCGCUUCGGAAACUGCUACUUCUCGACCCCAGAGGGCCGGACGCCCUAUUGUUCUCCUUCGGCAGAAGACUAUUUAGCCGUAACAACUUCCUCUCGACCUUAUCUACUAAGCUAAGAACACUUGGGAUACCGACACACGGCUAUUCAGGUCAUAGCUUUCGGAAGGGUGCGGCUCAGUAUGCGCACGAUAGUGGGAUACUCGACGACUAG